AUGGCAGCUGUUGUGGCUCGCGCAGACGGUCCUCCACACGGUCACGAAUGGCGCAGACGAGACAUCCUGUUGGUGGAUGAGAAGAGGAGGGAGCAUGGUAGUGGUCAUUUGAAGUCGCGAUUGCGAGCAUUGGUGGGGUUUUGGGAGGACUUCACCUCGCGUGAGAAUUUGAAGAGCUCUGGAACAUUGCGGACGAAAGAGCAGAGCAUUACGAGGGAUAUCUGGAGACCGUAUAGGUCUGUUUCUUCGGAAGGCAAUGCGCCACCGGCGUACGAGGAUGCUCUGUGCGAUGUGCCGCCGGAUUAUACGGCUACGGAUGCUUGUGCGAAUGCGAUUGAUCUACGGGAAGGAGAAGCUAGGAUUGAACACGGCUGGAUCGAUGGCCGAACGAAGGAAGAGAGCAGACAGGUCUACGAGGUCGUGGAUGUCAAGGUGGACUUUUCUGCGGCAGAGAAUAUACGUUCGCGGGCGAACAAGAAGGCUAAGAAGGCUGCGAAAGCCGCUGCGGUGAACAAGUGGGGCGACAAUAGCGACGAUGGUGAGAAGAAAGAUGAGGACGGAGCGGACGGCGAAGAUGCAGGAGGUGGUGGUGAUGCGCCGGCUGGAGGAGAUGGCGGUGGAGACCCUCCUGGCGACGGCGGAGAUGGAGGAGAUGAUGGCGAUGACUGGUUCGGAGGUGGCGGCAAGAAGAAGAAGGAUAAGAAGAAAAAGAAGAACGCGUGGGAAGAAUUUGAGGAGGAGGAGAAAAAGAAGCAGGAGGAGGAAGCCAAGGCUGCGGAAGAGAAUGGCACUGCUGAGGCCGAAGCUGAGCCAAUCGAGGACUGGGGCUCAUUUGCUGCCGUCGGAAAGAAGGGCAAGAAGAAGAAGGGCAAAGAUAUUGAGCCAGAGCCCGAACCUGAGCCCGUCGUUGAGGUUCCCGCACCGGUCGAAGCUGCGCCUGAAGACGAUUGGGGUGGCUUUACGACAACGAAAAAGAAGAAGGGCAAGAAAGGCAAGGAGGUUGAGCCUGAGCCAGAACCUGAGCCCGUUGUUGAGAUUCCAGCACCGGUCGAAGCUGCGCCUGAAGAAGAUUGGGGUGGCUUUACGACAACGAAAAAGAAGAAGGGCAAGAAAGGCAAGGAGGUUGAACCUGAGCCAGAACCUGAGCCCGUCGUGGAAGUGGUCGAGCCAGCUCCAGCUGCGGAGGCCGAGGAUCCUUGGAGUUCUUUUGCGACCGUCGGCAAGAAGAAGAAAGGUAAGAAGGGCAAGGAGGUCGAGCCAGAACCUGAACCUGAGCCUGUCGUGGAAGUGGUCGAGCCAGCUCCAGCCGCGGAGGCCGAGGAUCCUUGGGGCUCAUUCGCGACUGUCGGCAAGAAGAAGAAAGGCAAAAAGGGCAAGGAGAUCGAGCCAGAACCGGAACCCGAGCCUGAAGUCGUCGUACCUCCACCAGAGCCCGAGCCUGAAGACGACUGGUUAUCUGGAAGCAAGAAGGACAAGGACAAGAAGAAGAAAAAGGGCAAAAACGAACCUGUCUCGCCAGACCCGCCGAAGGACGAGAUGAAGUUCGACGACAUCAGCCUCAACGACGACAAGGCCGCACCGAAACUCGACUUGGAUCUAGGAGACUUUGGUGGUGGAACUGAGAAGUCGGAAAGCAAGGGAUUCAGCUUUGGUGGCUGGGGAGGAGGAUGGGGUUCCGGUGCAGUGAAGUCGUGGGGAUUCGGCAGCAGUGCCGAUACGCCGAAAGAGGAGCCAAAGAUUGAGGAUACCUCCUGGAGCUUCGCGGCAGUGGAUGACAAGAAGGACAAAAAGAAGAAGAAGUCUGGCAGUGCAUUCGACUUCGGCUUCGAUGCAGUCGGCGACGAGGGUGAUGCUGGCACAGUGGACUUUGGCGAUGCAAAAGUCGAGCCCGUAGCAGAAGAGGAUCCAUGGUCAGGCUUCUCAGCUGCAGGCAAGAAGGACAAGAAGAAGAAGAAAGGUGCGAUCGAACCCGAGCCUGUGGUAGAGGUCCCGCCGCCUCCGCCUCCGCCUCCGCCUCCUGUCGAGGAGAAGCCGGCCGACGAUCCAUGGGGAGGAUUCAGCACUGCCACCGGCAAGAAGGACAAGAAGAAGAAGAAGUCAUCUCCUUGGGAUGCCGAACCUGAGCCGGAGCCUGUCGUCGUCGUUCCCGAACCUGAACCCGAACCGGUGAAAGAGGAGGACGACACAUGGGGCACUUUUGGCAUGUCGGCAAAGGACAAGAAGAAGGCGAAGAAGAAUGCCAAGUUGGGCAUUGUGGAGGAGAAGGCGCCUGAGCCGGAGCCGGAGGUUGUGGUCGUGCCGGAGACGAAGGUGGAGGAUGCGUUCGAUGGCUGGGGCACAACAACCAAGAAGGGCAAGAAGGAUAAGAAGAAGAGCACCUUCGAUUGGGCAGAAGAAGCAACGCCUGAUCCUGUUGUCGAGGUUCCUCCUCCACCACCUGCUGAGCCUGAGCCUGCUGCGACCGACUGGCUUGGAGGUGGAUGGGGAGAGACAACCAAGAAAAAGAAGGGCAAGAAGGGAGCGGUCGAAGAAGUCCCGCCACCGCCUCCACCUCCUGUCAUACCCGAGCCUGCGCCCGCUGACGAAGACUGGUUCAGUGGGUUUGGAACGAAGAAGGACAAGAAGAGCAAGAAAGUCGUCGAGCCGGUGGUUCCUGAUCCACCCGCAGUUGAGCCAGAGGCAAUUAUAGAGCCAAAGGUGGAGGAAGAUGAUUGGACGAACUCAUGGUCUACAGGGACGAAGAAGAAGGACAAGAAAGGCAGCAAGUCAAAAGGCAUUGUUGAAGUGGUGGAUCCUAGUCCUGGCGCGUCGGUGCUUCUGCCGGAGUCCGUGCAGGAGAAACCGGCCGAGGAUGAUCCUUGGUCGAGCUGGACGACUGGUAAGAAGGAGAAGAAGAAGGGCAAGAAGGGAUCUCUUGAGCCCGAAGUACCCGCAAUUCUGGAGAUCGAAGACAAGCCUGCCGAAGAGCCUGCUGUAGACUUACUGGACGCGGGUGAUGACGAUCUCUGGGCGACCACGACGACCAAGAAGAAGGACAAGAAGGACAAGAAAGGAUCGAAGAUUGUUGAGGUUCCAAAAGUCGAAGAAGUCAAAUUGUCCAAGACCAAGUCGAAGGACUCAAAGGAGUCAAAAGAGUCUCCAGACGAUAUCAUCGAGAUUGUCGAAGAGCCGCUCCCGUCACCGAAAGAGGAGAAGAAGUCAGCAGGCUGGGGCAUCUGGGGCAGCAGCACGACCAAGACUCCGCCCAAGAAAGAGACGUCCAAGGAGAAGCGAGAGCGUGAGAAGAAGGAAAAGGAAGAGAAAGAAAAGGAGGAAGCUGCUGAAGCACAACGCAAGGCAGAUGAGGAAAUGUUCGCUGCUGCGCUUGAUGAGGAUCCCGAUGGGCUUCUGGAUCUAAUGGACGAUCCGGUGCCCGUGAUCACCAAGAAAUCAUCGUCGAAGGACAAGGACAAGGACAGCAAAAAGAAGACAUCCAAAGUGGAGAGCAAGUCCAGCAAGAAGGAGCCCACACCAGAGCCCGAGCCCGAGCCCGAACCAGAACCAGAACCAGAGGCAUCUCCACCCGAAGAACCCAAAAAGGCUGACGGAUGGGGAUUCUGGGGCUCGUCCCUAAAAGCCGGAAAGAAAGCCACACCCGCAACGGACGCUAAGAGUAAGAUUGGAAAGGAUCCGUGGGCCAAUGAGGAAGCAGACGUCGCGGCCUUACCGAAGAUGCCAGACGUCCUUUCGGACAACGAUAACAAGAAAUCCUUGUCCAAGUCCACGGCUGCUGACGCAUCGAUGGCGAAGACCAAGACUGCUGCGGGCAAGACGUCGUCGUCGAUUCAGGAUCGCAUCAAGGCUUUGCAAGCGGAGCCGAUUGAUGCCAAGAAGUCGUCCAAAAGCAAGGCUAGCGCUGCUGUUGUCCCACUGCCUGAACCUGAGCCGGAACCGGAACCGGAACCUGUUGUGGUCGUCGAGAAGAAGUCGAAGAAGUCCGCAUUGGCGUCCAGCAAGGCCGAGAAGGAAAAGAAGAAGACGUCACCGGAUCUCAAGCCUUUGGAUUCACCUGUGCCGGGUGGCUUCCCUGGCGCUGACUUACUCGACGACGUCCCGGAGAAAGACACAUCAAAGAAGUCAUCAUCCAAAGACAAGAAAGUCUCGAGUAAAUCUGCCGACAAGAAGACGAAGGCGAAAGAACCCAUCAUCGUUGAAGCGCCCGUCGUUCCUGAUCUCCUGGACCUCGACGACGCGCCCGAAGACCGCGUCAAGCCCAAGUCGAGCAAGAAGGAGCGACCGAAAGUCGUACGCGACCAAGGAAGUUCAUCUUGGGGCUUUUGGGGCGCGACACCUGCGAAGAAGUCACCUUCCAAGGAGGAAGCCGUCUCGCCAAGUGCAAAGGAACGUCCCUCUGGACUCUCGCGAUCCAAGUCGGCGCGCAAGGCGUCGGAUAAAGAUCCGCUCGACAAGACCUCCGAUCCUUCGGGCUCCGACAAAGGCGAUAAGAGGGACUCCAAGUCUCGGCCGAGUGCGUCUCGUGGCUUCUCCAUGUUCGGCACGCCGUCCCGCUCCAAGUCGACGCGGGACCCCACUUCGGCAAAGAAAUUGAGUUCGCGCCGUCAGUCAGUUGCUGUUGAUGAAUCCGGACUGGUGUCUCCCGCUGCGGCAGAUAAGGAGAUGUCAACCAAGGCUGCCAAGGUCAUGGGUGUCAACCGUUCCAAGUCUACCAAGGAGAAGACCACCCGCAAGAUCCCGGAUCCCUACCCGAUCGACUCGGACGACAUGAUUGUUGUUGAUGGUCCGGAAGACUCGGCGAAGGAUAUCGAUGAUCGCAAAGAGAGAAAGAAGUCGAGCAAAUCCAAGCGGCAGUCGACGUACAUGUCUGGUGGUCUCAAUGGCGAAGCUGAUGCAUUUCCGAACGCUGAUGAGGCGCGCGGUAUGGAUGAUGAUCUUGCUGAAAGACCUGGACUUGUGCGUCGGGGCACCUCGAGCGCCAAGAAGGCGGGUCUCAUGGGUGGUCUCUUUGGCGCCUUCGGUGCGCGACCUACUCCCGAUCGUCGCCAAAGCAAGGCUUACGAGACUGAAGACGGUGCUGGUCGCAAGCGAGGCUCCGUCGACGAUGAAGACUCCAAGCGUCUUCGUCGAGAUGAUCGCAAAGUCAACAGGUCCUCCCGUAAGCCUUCUGACGAAGGUACUGCGGCUGACGUUGAAGAUCCUGAGGUGCGUGAAGCGCGCCGAAGGGAACGUCGCCAGAGACGCGAGCAUGAGGCUGCUGUGGCAGAAGCCAAAGCUGCUAGGCAACGUGAAAAGGAAGACGCUCAGCGCGCAAAGGCUCAGGCCGAGGAGGAUGAACGGGAGGCUCGCCGACAGGAGGAGAAACGUGCUCGUCGUGCGGAACGAGAAUCUCGUCGUGCGGAGGAAGAGCGCCUCGCUCGUGAGGAGGAUCAGGCGCGUGAGGAACGCCGCGCACGACGUCGUGAAAAGGACCGUCAGCGCGCUGAGGAAGCGGCUGCUGCUGCUGCCGCGGCAACCCAUACUCGUCCAUCGCGACCUAAACCCGACCGUCGCCGCUCAACUUACGUCGACACUCCCUCCGAAGAAGAAGCCCGCCGCGCCCGUCGAGAAGAACGACGCUCGCGCCGCAGCGUUGAUCCUACAUCUCCACCCGCCGACAACAAAGACCGACCUCGCGCCUCCCGCCGUCGCUCCGACUAUCCGGACGAACACAUCUCCUCCCGCUACGCUGAACCUCCCGCUCCCAUCAACCCCGUCGCCCAAGCCAUCAAGAAAGGAGGCGACAAAACCGCUUCUUGGGUGCACUCAAUCAGCAACUCCGACCCGGAUCCUCCUCCGAUCGAAGGCACCGUCUUAGAUGUACCUUAUCACGCGGACGAUGGCGUUCCGGACCGACAUCCGUUGGAAGGAGAGGAUACCACGGCAAGGGAGAUGAGAGCGACGCAGAGACGGAGGAAGGAGAGAGAGGGCGGUGGGGACGAUGGCAGACGCAGAAGGAGAGAUGAGGAGGGCGUUGGGCGGAGCAGUGAUGGCGACUCCGGGCGGAGGAAAUCGAGUUAUGCGCCGGUGAACAGCAUGGGCGCGGGCGAUAUGGGCGGGAGGGGCUUUGAUGGACGACCGGGGAUGGGUGGAAGGGGAGAGAGUAAGAGGGGAAGUUGGUUGAAGAAGAUGACGGGAUUUUGA